UAUAUACAAGCCGGGUGUAGUGGCGCGCACCUGUAAUCGAGCUACUUUCGAGGCUGAACUUUCGAACGGCUUGGGUUCGGGACCACUGUCAGUUAGUUGUCUAUGUCGAUCAGGCGUCCGCGCUAAGCUCAGUGUCAACAUGGUCAUUAGAGAGAAGUCUCUUAUGUACCAGGUUCGAUAAUGAAGAAAGUACUGGCCCAGGACGGAAACGUAGCAGGCAAAAGUUCUCGCAUUGAGCAGUAGUGGGAUAGCGCUUGUGAAUAGGUGGUAACCGGCAGCCCGCACGAGAUAGUCGAACGAAGCUCUCUUUUAUUUUAAUACAUUUUAGUAUUACGUUUUAAUUGAUAUUUUUGAUGUAUUUAGUAUCAAUUAAGUAUCAAUUAAGAUAUUUAGGAGUUAAUAGAAAUUCUACUAAGCAGAUGCGAUCGUUACUCCAAAUUUUAAUACAACAUACUACAACUACUGAAUAACAAUAAAACAGUGCUUUCUUUUCUCUUGUUGACUGUUGCAUGAAAAUGGCUUCCAGAACAUUCAGGAAAGUAAUUGCUACUUCUCUUACCACUGAUUUUAGAAAGGCGUGUGAAAUAAUUACUACAAACUUUAAAGAUUUAAAACCAAACGAAGUUCUUGUGAAGUCUUGUUACACUGGCAUCAAUGCCACUGAUAUCAAUGUUACAGCGGGAAGAUAUGGAGCAAACAAAGUUCCUUUUGAUGUUGGUCUUGAGGGUUUAGGCAUGAUUGAAGGUGUUGGCAGUGGCAUACCACAGAAUAUGAUAGGGCAAUCAGUUGGGUAUAUAUUUACUGGAAGUUUUGCUGAGUAUGUUAUACUUCCAGCAAAAUACUGUUUACCUUUGCCAUCUGUCAAACCUGAGUACAUUCCGUUACUUAUUAGUGGACUUACUGCUUCUAUUGCAUUUGAACAGUUUGGUCAUUUGAAACCCAAAGAAAAUGUUUUAAUAACAGCUGCUGCUGGAGGGACUGGACAUAUUGCAGUUCAGUUAGCAAAACAAGCUGGGUGUUAUGUUAUUGGAACAUGUUCAAGCAAAUCAAAAGUUGACUUAUUAAAGAAAUUAGGAUGUGAUCAUGUUAUUAAUUAUAAAGAAGAAAAUCUGUUUGAAGUUUUGAAACGAGAUUAUCCUAGCGGAAUUGAUGUUGUGUAUGAAUCCAUUGGUGGUGAUGUUUUUGAUGCAUGUUUGAAUAGGCUGGCUGUUAAUGGAAGAAUGAUUGUUUUAGGCUAUAUUAACAGUUAUCACUCACCUGCUGGAAUUGAUAGAAGUCAAAAAAACAAUACUCUUGUUACAAAGCUUCUGUUAAAGUCUGGUAGUGUUUGUGGAUUUUUCUUAAUGAACCACAUGAAACAGUAUCCAACUCAUCUGGCCAAACUUGUUCAAAUGGUUGAUGAUGGCAGAUUAAAAGUUUUGAUUGAACAUUGUGAUGAUAAUGGACAUCAAUUCAAAGGCUUGGAAGCUGUUUUUAAAGGUGUUGAUUAUUUAUACUCACAAAGAAGCAAAGGGAAGAUAGUUAUAGAUUUGAAAAAUGGUUCCUCAAAAUUGUAACCAGCAACAACAGCCAUUUAAACUUUAUUUUUGAUGUGGUAUUUUGUAGCAAAUGUUUUAUAUAGACAAAAAAUUUAUAUUUUGUUGGUUCGUGUAAAAUUUGUUUGAUUAAUUGAAAUAAAAGAAUCGAUUAUAGAUUUAUAAA